AUUACCGAUGAAACUAAAGUCAAUAUCGAUAAUGGUAAACCUAUUACGAAGAUAGAAGUAUCUCCUAAUGAAGAAUACCUUGUUAUUUAUAAUCAAGAAGAUAAAUCAAUUAUCGGUUGGAAUAUAUAUGAAACAAAUAAAACAAAUAGGGAAAAGCGUUAUACAGUUGAUGAGGUCAAUAAUCUGGACAAAAUAUGUGUUUCUGAUGAUAAAAAUCUUGUUUAUAUAUGUAAUAAUAAACCUAGAAUAAUCGAUAUGAAUAAUAAUACAAAAGAGAUUAAACUAUAUGACGACGAAAGUAUUUAUGAGAACCAUUGUACUUUCAAUGUAAAAGGUGAAUUUAUUAUGUGUAACAAAGUGUCGAA